AUGGCAAACGCGGCAGACGAGAACGUGUUUGCCAACGACUCGUCGUAUCACUGGGAAAUGCGCCGAAAGGCCUCAUUUUCCAAGCUGACCGGCGCAGUGCCCCGUGCCUUUCCCGGCAUGUACAACGAGGAAGAUCCGCACGCCGAUGUCAAGAAGGAGAAGCUUUGGAAGCUUAUGGAGACAUACAUAAGCUCUGAUAUUCACUCCAUCCAGCGAAGCGUCGUGAACCAUGUGGAAUACACUUGCGCCAGAACGCGCUUCAACUGCGAUCCAGAGUCGUGCUACCGUGCAGCAGCCUUCUCCGUUCGUGACCGCCUUAUCGAGACACUCAACGACACGAACGCUUACUUCCACGAAAAGGACUGCAAAAGGGCGUAUUAUUUGUCGCUUGAAUUCCUCCUCGGCCGCGCUUUUCAGAACGCUCUUGUUAACCUGGAUAUCGAGAACAACUACAAGAAGGCCUUGGCAGAACUGGGAUUCAACCUAGAGCAGCUGUACGAGUAUGAGCACGAUCCUGCGCUCGGAAAUGGAGGCCUUGGGCGAUUAGCAGCUUGCUUCCUCGAUUCUAUGGCGACUGUCAAUCUUCCGUGCUGGGGUUACGGCAUUCGCUACACGUACGGUAUUUUCGAGCAGAAGAUCGUCAACGGACGUCAGGUGGAACACCCAGAUUACUGGUUGACGAUGUCGAAUCCGUGGGAGAUUGAACGACCGGACUGCACAUAUGCAGUGCGCUUCUACGGUUCGGUGAAAGAGUAUCGCGACGCCCAGACUGGCAAGAUGCGCAGCAAGUGGGUCGACGGCGAGAUUGUUCAAGCGAUGGCGUUUGAUAACCCCAUUCCCGGCUUCGACACGUACAACACGAUCAACUUGCGUCUGUGGAAGGCCGCCCCGAGCAAGGAAUUCGACUUCCACCUCUUCAACGUCGGGCGCUACUUGGAGUCGGUUAGGGAGCGCCAACGCGCCGAAUCGAUUUCCGCGGUGCUCUACCCGAACGACAACACCAUGGAAGGCAAGGAGCUGCGCCUGAAGCAGCAGUACUUCUUCGUGUGCGCCACAGUGCAGGAUGUUCUGCGCCGCUUCAAGAAGGUCUCCAACAGGGACUGGAACGACCUCCCGUCGAAGGUGCAAAUGCAGCUCAACGACACGCACCCGACAAUCGCCAUUCCGGAACUGAUGCGUAUCCUGCUUGACGUUGAAGGUCUGGAGUGGGAACAAGCCUGGGACCUCACAAAAGAGAUUUUCAACUACACAAACCACACAGUCCUUCCUGAGGCCCUAGAAAAGUGGUCUGCAGAAUUGAUCGGCAAGCUUCUGCCCAGGCACCUUCUGAUCAUCAACGAGAUCAACUUCCGCUUCUUGAACGAAGUCCGAGGCGUUUUCGGCGACGACUGGAACAAAAUCAGUCGUAUGUCCAUCUAUGAAGAAGGAGAGGAGAAACGCAUCCGCAUGGCAAAUCUGGCGGUUGUCGGAAGCCGGCACGUCAACGGUGUGGCUGCAAUCCAUUCCGAGCUUGUGAAGAAAGAUCUCUUCCCUGAGUUCGUCGAAUUCUACUCCCGACAAGGCUUCAACAACAAGUUCCUCAACGUCACAAACGGUGUGACGCCCCGUCGAUGGAUCUACUGCGCGAACCGCGGGCUCGCAGAUCUCUUCAGCAACUGGCUCGGCUCGGACUCGUGGCUCAAAGAGCUCGACAUGGUUGCCGGCCUCCAGAACCACAUUGACGAUCCGCAGCUGCGCAAGGAGUGGCGCGCUGUCAAGCGACAGAACAAGAUGCGCCUGGCGGCCUGGGUGGAGCAGAGAUGCAACGUGAAGCUGGAUGUGGACAACAUGCUGUUCGACAUCCAGGUGAAACGCAUUCACGAGUACAAGCGUCAGCUCCUCAACUGUCUCUACGCCCUGCACCGCUACCUCACCAUUAAAAAGAUGUCGCCCCAGGAAAAGGCGAAUGUCGUUCCGCGAGCGACGAUGAUUGGAGGCAAAGCGGCGCCGGGAUAUUUCACAGCGAAGAACAUCAUCAAGUUGAUCAACAACAUCGCACAGGUCGUCAACAACGAUCCGGAUGUCAACCAGUACCUCAAGGUCGUCUUCCUUCCAAACUACAAUGUUUCGCAUGCGCAAGUGAUCAUCCCGGCCAGCGAUUUGUCUCAGCACAUCUCGACGGCAGGCACAGAAGCCUCUGGCACAUCCAACAUGAAGUUCGUUAUGAACGGAGGCUUGAUUUUGGGGACGCUUGAUGGUGCCAACAUCGAAAUUCGCGAGGAGUGCGGCGACGACACCAUGUUCAUUUUUGGUGCCAAGGAGCACGAAGUGGCUCAGAUUCGUGAACAGGCGAAGAACGGCAACUACCCCAUCGACGGACGACUCAGAGAGGUCUUCGAUUUCAUGCGCUCCGGGAAACUUGCUUGUGGGGAUGGGCAAGCUCAAAGCGACUUUGUGGCAAUCGUGGAUCAGCUCUGCAACAAUGGCUACGGUCACAACGGUGACUUUUAUCUCCUCAUCCACGACUUCCGUGACUACUGCCGGGCUCAGCAAGUCGUCGAUGAGACCUAUAAGGAUGUGGAGCAGUGGACCACUCUUUCCAUCAAAGCCGCGUCGUCAAUGGGGAAAUUUUCCACUGAUCGCUGCAUGCGUGAAUACGCUACCGAAGUCUGGAAUAUCGAGCCGUGUGAACGGCCCCCUCCGGAUGAGUUUCAGAGAAUGAGAUCCUUCGCGAAUGACACCCCUAAUAAAGUCUCAGGUACUGCCAGCUCUUCGAAGUCCCACAAAUCUAGAAGAUGA